ACUCCGGGCGGCGCCUUUCUCGGCCCCGGGGUGUUCACAGCCUGAACUGGGGCUCUGCGGAUCGCAGGGACAGACAGCCGGGCCGAGCCGCGAUCUCCACUCCCGAGGGCGGCCAGGGCGGGGCGUCCUACGGCCGAGGGGCUCACAGCGCGCGGGGGGCCAGGGCGGCGGCCUGGGCCGGGUGCCCGCGCGCCCGCGCCGGAGAGGCUCCAAAUUGGGCAAGCGGUGGCCGCGGCUCUGCGCAUGUGCAGGCGGCUCCCGAGUUUCACUUUGUAACUUUUAAGUGGCCCAGACACCUCUCCGCCAGCGCGGGAGCCCAUCGCGUCCAGGAGCAGUGCCCGCGCCGCAGCUGAGUCCAGAAGACCCGUGUGAGAGCCCAGUGAGGGGAGAGCCAAUCCGAUAGGACAUGAGUAGACUCGAAGCUGCUGGGGAGGGGACCAGCUCCCUCUGAGAAGCCUCAGGCCCUGCCUCGGCGGCCAUUCCUGGUGGGAAGAUGGCGGUGCCUACCACCUCCUCGUUCCUGGACCUAUGGUCGUCCCAGGCCGUGACCACCCACGAGCCCCUGGGCCCCGGGAAGCGGCCCAGUGACGUCUACUGCUACAACUCGGCCCAGAACAGCACCGUGCUCCAGGGGGUCACCUUUGGGGGUGUCCCCACCGUCCUCCUCAUAGACGUCAGCUGCUUCCUGCUUUUAAUAUUAGUGUUUUCCAUCAUAAGAAGAAGAUUCUGGGAUUAUGGCCGUAUUGCCCUGGUAUCAGAAAGAGACAGCGAGUUCAGAAGCCAGAGAUUGUCAUCUUCUUCCUCCUCUGGGCAACACGACUUUGAAAACGAGCUGGGAUGCUGCCCUUGGCUGACAGCCAUCUUCCGCCUGCAUGAUGAGCAGAUCCUGGAGUGGUGCGGGGAGGAUGCCAUCCACUACCUGUCCUUCCAGAGACACCUCAUCUUCCUCUUGGUGGCUGUCAGCUGCUUGUCCCUGGCCGUCAUCCUGCCCGUCAACCUCUCAGGAAACUUGCUGAACAAGGACCCUUACAGUUUUGGGAGGACCACCAUAGCAAACCUACAGACCAACAAUGACCUCCUCUGGCUGCAUACCAUCUUCGCCGUCAUCUACCUCUUCCUCACCGUGGGAUUCAUGCGCCACCACACCCAGUCCAUCAAGUACACAGAGGAGAACCCGCAGGUGAGGCGGACUCUGUUCAUCACAGGACUCCCCAAAGAGACCAGGAAGGAGACUGUGGAGAGCCACUUCCGGGACGCAUACCCAACGUGUGAGGUGGUGGAAGCCCAGCUGUGCUACGACGUGGCCAAGCUGAUAGAUCUGUGCAAGGAGAGAAAGAAGACUGAGAAGAACUUGAACUAUUACACAAACCUGCAGGGCAGGACGGGCCAGCGGACCCUCAUCAACCCCAAGCCCUGUGGCCACUUCUGCUGCUGUGAAGUGCCGGGCUGUGAGCGGGAGGAUGCCAUCUCCUACUACACGCGUAUGAAGGACCAGCUGGUGGCACGGACAGCCGAGGAGAAGCUCAGGGUCCAGUCCCAACCCCUGGGGAUGGCCUUUGUCACCUUCCGGGAGAAAUCCAUGGCCACCUUCAUCCUGAAAGACUUCAAUGCCUGCAAGUGCCAGGGUCUCCGGUGCCGCGGGGACACCCAGCCGUCCCCCUACAGCAGUGAGCUCUGCACCUCCAGGUGGACCGUGGCCUUUGCCACCUACCCCGAGGACAUCUGCUGGAAAAACCUCUCGAUCCAGGGUUACCGUUGGUGGCUGCAGUGGUUGGGCAUCAACUUUAUCCUCUUCGUGGGGCUGUUUUUCCUCACCACCCCCUCCAUCAUCCUAUCCACCAUGGACAAGUUCAACGUCACCAAACCCAUCCAUGCGCUGAAUGACCCCAUCAUCAGCCAGUUCUUCCCCACCCUCCUCCUGUGGUCCUUCUCCGCUCUGCUCCCCACCAUCGUCUACUACUCAACGCUGCUGGAGUCUCACUGGACCAAGUCAGGGGAGAACCGGAUCAUGGUGACCAAAGUCUACAUCUUCUUGAUCUUCAUGGUGUUGAUCCUGCCCUCCCUCGGCCUCACCAGUCUGGAUUUUUUCUUCCGGUGGCUCUUUGACAAAAAGUCUGCAGAUGCUGCCAUCAGGUUGGAGUGCGUCUUCCUGCCUGACCAGGGAGCCUUCUUUGUCAACUACGUCAUCGCCUCGGCCUUCAUCGGCAACGGCAUGGAGCUGCUGCGCCUGCCCGGCCUCAUCCUCUACACCUUCCGCAUGAUCAUGGCCAAGUCAGCUGCGGAGCGCAGGAACGUCAAGCAGAACCAGGCAUUCGAGUAUGAAUUUGGAGCCAUGUACGCCUGGACGCUGUGUGUCUUCACCGUCAUCAUGGCCUAUAGCAUCACCUGCCCCAUCAUCGCACCCUUUGGCCUCAUCUACAUCUUGCUCAAGCACAUGGUGGACCGGCACAACAUCUACUUUGCCUACCUCCCCACCAAGCUGGAGAAGAGGAUUCACUUU